AUGCCGCAAUGUUCAGCUUGGGCUACCGGAAGAAGAGCCGGACGCUGCCGGGAGCCUGUUAACCGUAAAAUAGACUUCCGAAAUGAACUCCAUGACAGUUUUUACCAAAUUCCACCUCUCCUGGACACUGUUGCCAAUCUUUCUUCAGUCCACGAACAGUUCGUACACUUGAGGCACGCGGUGUUGACGGGGGAGCCCCAGUGCCCGACGUGGGAGGAGGCGGUGCGACGUCAUGGGGGGAGGGUCUGCCCCUUCCACUACGUGUUGAACUACGACGAGAACAGAAGACCAGACACCUUGGUCGAGACUCAGUGCAAUUGUGGUGAAUGUCUGAGACCAGACAAUGGCCCCUCCAACCUGAUGGACUGUCUGCCAAUAAUAUAUUACACCAAGGUGUUCCGGCGGACCGCGUGCGUGCAGGGAGUGUAUCGCUACGCCGUCAUCUGGGAGCCGCUCAACAUCGGAU